AUGUGUACUGAAUCAGAGAUUGGAUGGGCAGCAAUACAAAUUCCUCAUUUAUCAAUCAUAAAUGAUUUAACUGAUAGUCAUGAUGAACGAGUACUAUUGGCUUCGUUAAGAUAUUUCUUCAGUGGUAUCGGUGAUAUGUUCAUUUUACUUGUAACUUAUUACUUCUUUAUGUCGGAGAAAACCAGUUCUCUUCAUCGGAAAUCACUUCCUAAUAAUAAUAAUGAUCCUAAUCAAACGCCUAUAUCAGGAGCAAUGUCAAGUGAAGUUGGAAAGAACGUAAAUUUAAUGAAUCAAACACUAGACAAUCAUAAUCAGUCAGUAUCAAAUGCAUACUACCAGAUAACAAUUGAAGAUUUGCCUGUAUUCAGGAGUGUUGCAUUAAUUGUCGCUGGAAUCGGUGCAUUAUUUAUAAUUAUCUUCCAUUGUGGUGUUCGUGAAGGUCAACCAAAACCUUGUCAAAGUAUUAAAACACACUCUUGCAUAGAUGUACUCAAUGAAGAUUUUGAAAGGAAUACAAUCAGCAACAAUGAUUUAAAAAAUGAUACUAAUGAUGAUACUAGUAACACCAAAAUACUCAAUGUAGAAUCAAAGAGAAGAAGAACUUAUAGUCUUUCAUCAACUUUACCCUGGUAUGCAUGGUUUACACUACCAAGAUUUUGGUUGAGCUGUUCUACAUUCAGUAUAAUGCGUCUUAGUGUAACAGUUUCCGUGCUUUACCUGAGUCCAUUUUUAUUACAUACAAUGAAAAUGGAUAAGAGUUUAAUGGUUUCCGUCCCAAUGGUUUCUACAAUUUUUUGCUUAAUUACAUCAGCUGGUGUACAAAGAAUUACAAAAUUGCUGGGAAAUUAUGUAGGCCCAGUUUUUGGUGUUCCAUUCAUCUUGUGCUAUUGUAUUAUAGCACACUUUUUGAAAUCAGCCAAAGAAGAUCUUGUAGGAAUCUAUUUUGCAGCAGCUAUUCUAGGAAUCGGUAAUACUAUAAAUAAUGUACGUGCUUUGGUUGUGAUUACAACACUGAUUGGUGUUAAACAAGUACAGACAGCAGCAUUUGUUCAUGGGAUUGCAUCAUUUUUUGAUAAAAUAUUAACCGGUCUAUUUAUCCAAUGUAUACAAAUUUUUAUACCUCAAUUAACUUAUAGACAUGUACAAGUAUAUAUUGUAGGAAGUUUGGUUGUAGUUGGUGGAAUUCUAGCAACUAUUGAUAAUCUUAUGUAUUCGGAAUCUGUAAAAAGUUUACAUCCAUCAUGUGUUUCAUGCUUUUGUGGAAAAACACAUUCACAUUCAUCACCCCAGUCUUCACUACAGUCAGCAUCAUCAUCAUCCUCACCUCGGUCUUCAUCACCAACAUCCCCUUCGUUCUCAUCAUCAUUGGGACAGGAAAAUGGCGAAAAAACUACUUGUAAUAUUCAAAUUAUUAAUGAACCAGAUGAAAGUGAGAAAGAUAAAAGUGAACAUAAAGAUAAAUAAUUUUAUACUACUUACAUGCAUAUAAUAUCAGUAGUGUUUUUUGUAUCCAAUCAAUGUAUGAUUUUGUUUUUUUGAUAUUCUGAUUCUCUUCAGUCAACUGAGAUAUUUUACACACAAAAAUCAUAAUGGUAAUUUUCACAACGAAUAUUCACCUAUUUACUCAUCCAUCUCUUCUUUCAUACUCGACAACUCAGCAUCCCUCUUUUCUAUUCUCCUUUUGUUUCUACAUAUAUCAAAUGACUGAUUCAUUU